AUGAAUUCAUCUCAGUGGAAGUNUGGAAUCGUCACAAGCAGCAGCAGAAAUCAACCGUCCAUAUCCCAGUCACCGCCGUCUCCCUACUUCACUCUGACUUUACCUCUCGACGGUAACACACGGAACCAUCGAGAGCAGUCAAUCCUUACUCCGGUGGUUCCUGUGUGCAGUUCCUACGAAAAUGACAAACGAAGAUCACCAUUUUUAGCAAGGACGCAAGCUUACAGCUUCCUGCAAAGACACGUGAACACUUUGGACAGAAGGAGUUUGUAUAGUUGUAACUCCAAUGAAUAUUACUGUGAAUCUCACAAAACAGAAUGUUACACGUACUCGGAGACGGUACGCGAGACUAGAUGUAGGUCCGUCCAUUGUUCUAGUGGCUACACCUGUUACAUGUCCAACCCGUGUCCAGCUCAUCACACCACUGCCUGCUCCGCUAACGCUUGUCUAGCGUUACCAUGCAAGAACCGCGGCACGUGCAGAACGAUAGGCCACUCUUACACAUGCCAAUGUGCAUCCGGGUACUAUGGACAGAACUGUGAAUACGCGGAUGCGUGUUUAUCUAGACCUUGUGUCAAUGACGGGAGGUGUAACCGUGUUGGGUCGUCCUACAGCUGUUCGUGUUCAGUCCAAUUCACAGGCAAACAUUGCGAGCAAAAAACACCGUGCUAUGGGCCACCUUGUAUGAAUGGGGCGACGUGUCGAGUCGUCGGUACAGCCUACACUUGUAUAUGCAAGUCGGGUUUUUACGGACAGAACUGUGCAGAUGUUGAUGGUUGUUUGAACAAUCCUUGUCGGAAUGGCGGUACCUGUACCAGACAGGGAGAUAACUACAGCUGUGUCUGUCCCCAUAACACCGCGGGCAGGAAUUGUGAACAAGUUAACGGGUGCCUGUCGAAUCCUUGUGUGAACGGAGGAGUGUGCUCAAAUGACGGGUCGAACUACAUGUGUUUAUGUACAAACCAGUUCACGGGCAAGAAUUGUCAGCAAAGAACAGCUUGCUAUGGAUCCCCCUGUAGAAACGGCGCAUCAUGCCAUUCGACAGGAACCGAGUUCAUAUGCUAUUGUGCAACCGGUUUCUACGGAAAGAUUUGUGAUAACGUUGAUGCCUGUCUUUCCCAUCCUUGUAUAAACGGUGGUAUGUGUGUCAGGAGCGGAUCUGAUUACACGUGCUCGUGUACAAACCAGCUGAUGGGGAAGGAUUGUCAAGAAAAAACUCCUUGUUUUGGUAAUCCAUGCCAAAAUGGAGGUACAUGUCAGAUUCGGGGAACAGCCUACACGUGUGUAUGUCCGUCAGGAUUCUACGGUCAGAACUGUGCAGACAUUGAUACCUGCGUUUCCAAUCCUUGUUCUAACGGCGGAACCUGUUUAAGGGACGGACCAAAUUACAGUUGUUAUUGUGGAACUCACUUCACAGGGACGCACUGCAAGGAAGUGUCACCCUGCAGCAACAGCCCAUGUCAACACGGCGCUACCUGUCAGGAGGUCAGUGGGUCAUCGUACGUAUGCAUCUGUGCACUUGGAUUUUCUGGACCUACCUGUAAUACCGGGACAGUAGUAGAUACGUGUGCCUCCAAUCCCUGUGUAAAUGGAGCGACUUGUAACAGAGUGGGGUCUGACUACAUGUGUGAGUGCAGAGAGGGAAACCGAUUUACCGGGAGAAACUGCGAGCAAAAGACCCCAUGUUUCAACUUCCCUUGUUUGAAUGGUGGAACCUGUGUUGUCGCCGGGCCACGUGCGACAUGCUCAUGUGCAGCAGGGUUUUACGGAGAGCGAUGCGAACAAGUUGACGUGUGUUCCUCCAAUCCAUGCCUGAACGACGGGAGCUGCUUCAGUGACGGAUCUGAAUACAGCUGUUACUGCACAAAUCGUUUCACGGGCAAGAAUUGUCAGCAAAACACAAUGUGUUACGACCAGCCGUGUCAGAAUGGUGCCACCUGUCAGUUCACCGACACCGACUUCACGUGCAUAUGUACAUACGGGUAUUACGGUCGCAUGUGUAGGGAUGUUGAUGCCUGUCUCGCAAAUCCUUGCUUCAACGGCACGUGCAAUAGGAACGGAUCGCACUAUUACUGUACCUGAACUUACCUACUUACGAAAUAUGCUCACGAGAAAGGCUUGUGCAAGUCUAUAAAUAACUUAGUAAUGUAGGCACGUAACAAUAUGCAAUAAAU